AUGGCUCAAAAGACCAAGACCGACAUCACCCUCUACACCACCAACACGCCCAAUGGCAUCAAACCCUCUAUCCUGCUCGAGGAGCUGAACCUCGAGUACAAGGUGUAUCCCAUCAAGAUGACCGAGAAUGAGCAGAAGGAGGAGUGGUUCCUCAAGAUCAACCCCAACGGUCGCAUCCCUGCUCUCACUGACACUCUCGACGGCAAGCAGAUCCGCGUUUUUGAGAGUGGUGCUAUGUUGCAGUACCUCGUUGAUCGCUACGAUAAGGAUCACAAGCUUUCGUUCCCUCAUGGGUCUGCUGAGCAUUGGGAGAUGACCAGCUGGCUCAUGUGGCAGAUGGGUGGCCUCGGUCCCAUGCAGGGCUACGCUCCUGAGAAGAUUGAGUACGGCAUCAACCGCUACACCAACGAGACCCGUCGUCUCUACCGCACCCUCGACACUCAUCUCGCCCAGACAGAAUCCGGCUACAUCGUUGGCGACAAAGUCACCAUCGCGGACAUUUCCAUCUGGGGCUGGGUCUCCAGCGCAAAAUGGGCUGGCGUUGAUCUCUCCGAGUUUCCCCACCUUGAGAAGUGGCUCUACAAGCUCCUCGAGCGUCCUGGUUUCGAGGCUGGUCGUCAUGUUCCUACGCGCCACACAGCGUUUGAGCUGGCCAAGCUGAGUGAGGAAGAGCUUGAGGCUAAGGCUAGUGCGUCCAAGGCUUGGGUUCAGGCUGGUAUGAAGGACGAUGCCAAGAAAUAA